AUGAGCCAUCCCACCAAACAAGGAAGUCCAAAGAAUCUGGACGUAUUAAGAGCAAAUUUUGUGUCACUUGCUCUCCAAUUCAUAUCCUUGUUCCAUCUGCCUUCUUGGUCAAACCAUAAAGAUUCAACCAAAGUGAAAAAGCUUUUUGAAUCUUUAAUUGAAGAUUGCCCACUGAUUCUGGUGGAUGAAGAUUGGUAUCUGAGGGAAAAGUCAACUACGCUGUUUGUUAUGGAAAGUGGAAAUAACUAUUCUUUAUCAUCCGACUUUGUUGCUUCUGAUCUUUCAAAGAGGUCGAAUAGCUUCAGCAUACCUUCCCCCUCUGGCUAUGAAGUAGGAACCAAUCUUGAAUUGUUGAGUUUGAAUCGACUCAGCGACAGUCUUGAAAAGCUUUUGCUUGAUGCUGAGUAUGACCACAGUGAUGCAGUGAUAGAAGUUGAGGGAACACCUGUGGGUGUCCAUCGCUGUAUUUUGGCUGCACGGAGUCCAUUUUUCCAUGAGCUGUUUAAGAAUGGGAAUGAAAGUUCUGUUAAGGAAAGAAAGCUUAAGUCAUCUCCACGUGAAGUUUCAACAUGUGUCGACGAAUCUUGUAGUCAUGACGCUUGUCACCCUGCAAUUAAUUAUGCUGUGGAACUGAUGUAUGGUUCUGCCACCUUUCAGAUUAAAGAACUUGUUAUGCUUAUUCAGCGCCGUCUUCUUGACUUCGUUUAUAAAGCUUUUGCUGAAGAUAUCAUUCCAAUCCUUGUUGUAGCCUUUCAUUGCCAAUUAGAGCACCUUCUGUCAUACUGUGUCCAGAGAUUAGUGCACUCGGAUUUAGACAAAGUAGUUCUUGAGAAGGAGCUUGCUCAUGAAGUUCUAUGUGGCAUUCAUUCACUUAUCCUUGAAUCUCAAAAAUCUGGUGAACAUGCUUCGUUGAGUAUGGACCCGGUGAAUGAAAAGAGAAUUGAAAGGAUUCACAAGGCAUUAGACUCUAAUGAUGUUGAAUUGGUGAAGUUACUUCUUAAGGAAUCUAGUAUCACACUAGAUGCUGCCUAUGCUCUGCAUUAUGCUGCUGCCUAUUGUAAUCCCAAGGUUGUGAAUGAAGUUCUCAACUUAGGCAAUGCUAAUGUCAACCUUAGGAAUUGCCAAGGGUACACUGUGCUUCAUGUAGCAGCCCGACGUAAGGAUCCAUCAGUAAUAGUGGGGCUGCUGAACCAGGGCGCUUCCAUAUCUGAUACUACAAUGUAUGGACAGACGGCUGUUAAAAUAUGCCGGAGGCUAACGAGGCCAAAGGAUUAUAAUGAAGAAACGAAGCAGGGCCAUGAAACUAAUAAGGAUCGCUUAUGUAUUGAUGUGCUGGAGAGAGAGAUGCAUAGGAAUCCAUUGGCUGGGAACGUGUCUAUGUCAUCAAUGGUGGUGCCUGAUGAUCUUCUCAUGAAUCUGUUGCUUUUUGAAAAUAGAGUGGCAAUGGCACGAGCCCUUUUUCCUCUAGAAGCCAGAUUAGCCAUGCAGUUAGCACAUGCAGAUUCUACCUCUGAGUUCACUGGCCUUUCAGCAUCUAAAGGAACAUAUGGGAAUUUUGGAGAGAUUGUUUUAAAUGAAAUGCCAUCUGAGCAAGUCAAAAGGCUCCAGUUGAGGCUGCAAUCGCUGCAAAAAACUGUUGAGACAGCCCGACGCUUCUUUCCCAACUGCACAAUAGUUCUGGAUAAGCUCUUGGAGGAUGAUACUAUAGGUACUACGUUAUUAGAGAAGGGCACUCCAGAGGAACAGAGGAUGAAAAAAAUGCGCUACAUGGAACUCAAGGAAGAUGUGAUGAAGGCAUUUAGCAAAGACAUGGCUGAAAAUAACUGGACAAACUUAUCCUCGUCUUCCUCUUGUUCAUCUUCUCCAAGAAUUGGUAAAAUUCAAAAGGGUAGGAAAAAAAAAGGUUAUUAA